AUGUCGUUACUAGGCAGUAACAAUUCUAAUUCUGCGUUUGGACAGCCAAAAAGAAUAGCCAGGUCUUCAUCGUUUAUUGGUGCACCAGGAAAUUCAUUAUUCGGAAGCAGUAACCUGACAGCAUCUUCUAAUCAAACAUCUGGUGGCUUAUUUGGAGCUUCAAACUCAAACAAUACAUCUUCAGGAUUCAAUCUCAACAAUACUUCUACAUCGGGUUCAUUAUUCGGAAAUUCAAAUUCCAGCAAACCUACCACUGGUCCCUUAGGUUCUUCAGGUACGACUGAUGGUACUACAGGACUUUUUGGAAGCUCGAAUAAUAAUGAUAGUGCUUCAACAGGGGGGUUAUUUGGUUCAAGUAAUAAACCUACUUUCAGUGGUACAGGUCUAUUUGGAGGACCCAACUCUGGGUCCAACAGUGGUGCAAACUUAAAUGUAAAUAAUACAAGCUCUGGGUUAUUUGGCUCAUCAGGUUCGAAUGCAAAUACGGGACUUUUUAAUAAUACAAAUAAUAGUCUUAAGAGUAGUAAUGUUCCCAAUAGCACAAAUACACUUUUUUCAUCGAAUAAUAAAAUUGGAACUAAUAAUACUACUACUGGAACAGGGCUCUUUGGUAACAGUAAUACAACUUCGUUUGGAUCAGGGCCCUCUGGAGCUAGUAUUUUCAGCUCAAACCAGAGUCAACAACCCCAACAGAAUAACGUUUUCGGGUCAUCAGUAAAUCAAAAUUUGUCUUAUAAUGAAAAUCCUUACAAUUUCAAUCAGGUGUUUGCCUCUUUCAAAGGUGCUUUAGAUAAAAUGCCUGCUUCCAUUACGGAAGAUAUUCCAUUAGAAUACAACAAAAGAUCGCAUUUAGAAAACAAAAAAAAAAUGAUAGACUCCGGGAGACAAGAAGCUCUGAACCUUCCGAAAUCUACAUUAUUGAAUAAAUUGGGUCGAGCCUUGAAAUUUUUCAGAGGUUCAAAUUCAAUAUCAAAAGAGUCUUCUGCCAAGGGAAUAUUUACGCAGACAGGAUAUUUGAAAUUGAAAGGUAAGAAGACACUUCCAAAGGCAGCACCCAAAACUAUAUCUAAACCAACAAUUAGAAGAAAUGUUGAUCCACAACAUAUAGAUAGUGUGAAACGAUUAAUUAUAAGAUCAGAACCCCUGAAAUUUCAUUUAAUUGAUGCCGAUAAAGUACUUGAUUCUAAAAGAAAGAGGAUAGUUAUUCAAAACAAGCCUACAAGUGCAUUAAAUGACGCAUAUUCAAGUGGUGAUGAUAGUGAUCAUAUCGAGCGCGGUACUAAUUUCAGAAUUUCUUCUCGUUUUCCUUAUACUGCCAGUGGAGGCCAGAUUUCAGAGGAGCAGAAUCAAGAUGGAACAACAUUCGAGGGAGAAAGUUUUAAGUCAAAUGUUCCAGAGAUCAACCUUGACAAUACGUCCAUAAAUAAUGGUUACUGGUGUACUCCAACUAUAAAGGAGUUGAUAUCAAUGAAAGAGGAGGAGCUCAAAAAUGUGGAAAAUUUCAUUGUUGGAAGAAUUAAAUACGGACAGGUCGCAUUCAACCAUCCAGUUGACUUAUCUCAAAUCCUUACCCAAGCCCAGAGGAAGGGAAUAACUUUAAAUAAAGAAUUAUUUGAAGAAACAGUAAGUAUUAGACAGAAAGUUCUUGAAGUUUACAAAGAUGAUAGAACGAAACCACCCAUAGGGUUUGGUCUUAAUGUUCCAGCCACUAUUACAUUAGAAAACAUCGAACCAAGAAAAGGUACAUCAGCAAGUAGUUACAUUAAGUUUUUACAAGGACAAGUUGGAAUGGAAUUUGUGACAUAUGAUCCUAUGACACAUGUGUGGGUUUUUAAGGUAAAGCAUUUUAGUAUUUGGGGAUUAGCAGAAGAUGAAGAUAACACAUCCGGAGAAUCAAAUGAUUCAAAUUUAAAAAGAAAGCAAGAAGGGUUAGAACAUGCUAAUUCUCUCAGCUAUUCUAAACUUUAUAAAAACGAUAAAAUUAACCAAGAACUUAAAAAGCAAAAACUUAGCAAUGAAACGAAAGGCUUACCAGGGGGCUGGACGUACGAUGACACUCAAGGUAGUCCUUUGAAUAUAAAAAGAGGAUUGGUUGCAAAUGAAAUUGAAAAACAAAUUGACUUAUAUAAGCAUGAAAUGACUGCCAAUGAAUUAGGUGCCAAUUUGAGUGACAUCACUAUUGAGUCAAGCGGCACUGAAGAACUGGAUAAUGACGAUAUACUUUCUAAUAAUCCAAGUCUUAAUAGUAAUCGCUUUGAUUAUUUGAAACAGCUAGUCAGCGUUCUCCCGAAAGAUGUUAAUUUGAAUGAUAUCAUUGAAGAGAAGGCGUAUGAGCCAGAAAUUUUAAAUGACGCAUUGUUUGAUAAUAUAAAGAUGAAACCAAAUUUGGCUGUUUCUGAUGAUUGGUUGAUUCAGUUGGAAUUAACGAAUGAUAUAAAUUCGUCGUUAAGUCGCUUUGUAUUUGAUUCAACUCGGGAACCAAAAGAAAUAACUAUCAAAAAUGUCGAUGAAGCUUUAUUUUCAAACUUCAACUCAGCGUCGAAAGAAUCAAAUUGUGCCCCAGAAAUCGAACAAAAACCACAGUCUUUGAUUACAGACUGGUAUGAAGAACAAAAACCGCAGACGAUUUCUUCAACCAUUUAUCGUCUCUUGUAUUCUUCUAAGAUUGACCAGAGAGUGAAUGGUUAUCCCAAAGUUCAAAAUGAUUCGAAUAUUUCUUUCGACAGCUUGCUAGUGGAGGGCUUAGGCGACGAGGACAGUAACAUCAUUCGUUUAUUAUCUGCACUCUUUGACUUGCCUAAAGAAGAGUUCAAAGAGGUUGACCAGUCUGAUGACCAGUUGAUUAACCAUCUCAAGGAGCUCAAAAUGAAGUCUCUAUUCCUCGAUUGGUUAAAGAAAUAUAAUGAGCUGUCAAUUACACAGCUUUCGGCAGAAGAGUCUUCUGACCCUUUAAAAACAGUCUUUGUCAAUAUAUGCGCCGGAAAUUUGAAAAGUGCAGUGACUGCCUCUUUAGCUCAAAAUAGCCCCCAUUUGUCAGUUAUUUUGACUCUAUUAGAUUCUAAUGACUUGAUCUCGAAAUCUAUAGCUGAUGGCCAACUUAAGAGUUGGAAUGAAAAAUCAAUUUUAAAAUACAUUCCAGAAACUGUUGUGAAAGUGUAUCAAAUAUUAUCGGGAAAUUUGCAUGAGGUAGUAUCUAGCUUACCUUGGAAUAUUGCGCUAGCAUUAAGGUUAAAUUAUGGAGCGGUCGAAACCAAGUUAAAAGAUCUCAUAAAGGAAUCAUUUCCACAUUUUGAUGACAGUCCUGUUACAGAAGUCUUAAGAUUAUACUAUCAGGCUGAGAAUGAAGGUAUGGAUAAGGCAAUGGGAAGCUUAGAAGCAUCAAGGCUCAAUGUCAAGUUCAAGUGGUUUGUUAAUAAGGUUAUAUCUCAUGGCGUUAGUUCAAAAAUGAACGAUACGAUAUCGCGUUCUUUUGGAAACUUCUUGACAAAUAAGGGCUUGUGGAAAGAAGCCAUAUAUGUCUAUUCUCAUUUGAAUAAUGAUGAUAGUGCUGCAUCCGCCAUACGUGAGAUAGUAGUUUCAAACAUCAAAAAUAUUAAAGAUGAAUCAAAGGAUAUUGAUGAAAUACCAUUUCUUAGUAGUGUACUAAUGGUUCCCCAACCUUUGAUAUAUGAAGCCGUGGCUUUGAACAAGCAUUCCUUAUCGUCGUAUUGGGAGGAGUGUGAAGCAUUCAUAGUUGCCAAAUUAUGGGAAAAAUCGCACAAAGUAAUUGUCGAUCACUUGGGUCCUUCUACAGUCAUUUCGAAUAACAGAGAAUCAAUAAGCCGUUUGAAGUCAAUUCUUUCUUUAUUUCCUGAAAGAGGACUUAUCAUACCAGAUUGGAAUACUGGUGCGGGAAUAUACGAGAAGUGGUGUCAACUUGAAGAUGAUGAGAAUGAUACUGCUUCUAUAGAAUUUCUAUUAUCAAAUAUUCCAAUGUCGAAGGCUCCCUCUACUCAAUCCAAUAUUGCACUCUCCAUUAUAUCAAAAAAGGUUGGAGAUUUUGCACUAGAUAACCACGCUAAUAUCAGUGGCUUGAAGGAGAAGGUUUUGUCUCUUCACCUUGGAGAAAACGAAACCAACUAUUUUAAACUUCGUUUAGCUGCUGUAUAA